GACUGCCUCUCAGUCGGGAGCGCGGUACCCUCCCGUCUCCACAUAAUCCGUAAUCAAAUACCACCAACUAUAAACAACCCGGUGCGCUGAGGAGCGCUAGUCGAUAAGAUACACCGCGAUAAAACGGUCUGAAAUGUAACGCCAACGGCAUGACAGAUUCCGAUAAUAAAAAAGUUAAUUUCCCCGACAUGGACGAGGAGGAGAAUCCGGGAUGUAUCCGGCGGCUGAUCGUCGGGCUGCGGAUCAACCCCAACCUGAUCAUGCUGAAAGUGACGUUAUUCGUGAUGUACGGAGCCACGGCGUCCCUGCUCCCGUAUUUAACCAUCCACAUGCAAAGCAUAGGAUUGACUGUGCCCGAAAUAUCUUUUGUGUACCUAGCGCUACCCUUCACGACUUUCCUGAGUCCGCCCAUAACAGGGUUUCUGGUGGACCGUUUCGGGGAGUAUAAGCCGGUGGUGAUAACAGCGCUGAUUCUCAAUGCAGCAUUUCACCACUCCCUCCUGCUGAUACCCCACCAGGAGACUCCGGGGGUGAUGCCAUCAGCUUACGUGAUGCGCCAUCCGAUCAAGAACACAGUGGAGGUAUGGUGGAGUCCCUGCCCCAGUCGCGAGUGUCCUGAUGAGGACGAGCAGGUGGACUUCAUCCUGGACCGCUGUGUGGACCACUGCAUGCUGUCCAGACCGACGGAGCGACCGCCCGUGCCUGAUGAUGAUGAAACUGAUGAUAUCGACUUCCCGAUAGCACAUAAGAUACAUCCGCCGAAUUUGUCGAAUAGCAGUUUCCAUAACAUGACUGACGAAAGCGACGAGGAGUACAAUGAUUCAGCGUUCUUCCAAAUUGAAGUUCACGACGAUCUCGGCGAACCGAAAGAACAGCUUGGUAUAGAGAUGGAGAGGGACGACAAUGACACAGUAACGGAUUUUAGAUCAAGAUUUGGGGAAAAGCUUCUUCUAUCUCAGGGAGUAAAUAUUACGGCUUUGGAUAAGGAGGACCUGAGAUGUGGUGGUCUCGUGAUGGUCCAUAACAUGACAAAGCUGUCCAAGGAACGACUGGCUACGCUCGCCGCAGAUUGCAUGGUCCAGAAAUGUGACUUCAGACGAGGCGGCCCAGAAAUCUGCCCACCAGAUUACAAGGAGAGCGACGAUAAGACAUUCUACAUCUACUUCUUCCUGCGUUUCAUGGGCACCAUCAUGCUCUCAGCCGGUGUCACCAUCAUGGAUCCCAUAGCCCUGAUGAUGAUACAGAAGUACGGCGGAGACUUCGGCAGGGAGAGAUUAUUCUCCAGCAUCGGAAUGGCAAUUUUCUCCCCCAUCACUGGCAUGCUCAUAGAUAUGAGGAGCAAACAAGUUGGAUACACAGACUACUCAGCCGCUUUCUACACGUACGAUGUUCUGUUGCUGAUAUCGGCGAUUACUGUCGCGGUCAUGCCAUUGGGAGCCAAGCUGCCAGCUGACAAUUUGCUCCAUGACUUAGUCAAUAUAAUCAAGAUGCCCCACGUCAUAAUUUUCAUAUUCUUCCUUUUCACCCUGGGCAAUUUUUGGGGAUUCAUAGAGUCUUACCUAUUUUUGUAUCUGAAGGAGUUGGGUGCACCAAACUUUUUACUUGGAAUAACGGUGACGGUGGGCACUCUGAGCAGCAUCCCGUUCCUGUACGGCGCUGAUGCUAUCACGUCGCGUAUCGGGCAUGUCAACGUCAUCAUCGUUGCCUUCUUUUCGCACGCAGCCAGGCUCGUCGGCUACUCGUUUAUUGAAAAUUCAUGGUGGUGCUUCCCGUUCGAAGCAAUGGAGUCUCUAUCAGUUCAUCUGAUGUGGGUGGCAGCGGCGACCUACUGCGCAAUGCUCGCUCCGAAGAAUCUACUCGCUACACUUAUUGGCGUCCUUGGAAUGGCACAUUUCAGUCUCGGUCGAGGCAGCGGUAGUUUCGGUGGUGGUCUUCUCAUAGCCUCGUUAGGCACCAGAGAGGCGUUCCGCUACAUGGGUCUAAUAGCAUUCCUCGGCGGUGUAUGCUAUGGACUCCUACAUUACUUCUGGCUGCGCAAGAUCACUAUGAAGGGAAUCAACGACAUCAGCUGUGAGCCAGAUACAGAAAGUGGUGAAGGUGACAAGCUGAACGGAGAGCCUCUACGCAAGGACGCUGAGACCAUGGUGUCCCUGGAGAGGCUGCACAUGAUCACAAGAUUCAAUCCUUUAGGAUCAUUGCACUCCCUGUCCAGAGGAUCGAGAGCUAGGCUCUCCCAAGGUGAUAUAAAUGAGCUCUGCCGCAGUCGCAGCGGCAGUAACAGUCAGAGACGCUGCAGCAAUAUCGAGAUAUCACCCAAGUCCCCUCCACCAACACAGAUAUCAGCGUCCAAAGUGGACAUGCUGCGGUCAGCACUGGAGAUCAGCCAUCAGCAGAGGAUCAGUCACAUAUCAAAUCCAGUGCUGUCGAGUCCGAAUAAGCCGGUGCAUCUGUAUAAAUUUGCGAACAGCGCGCCGAAGCUGACACAACGGAAUAACAUCUCGCAACCAGCGCUGGUAGAAUUCGAACGUCGAAGAGAUUCCAUACCCGAAGAAGCGGAAGAAGACAGGCUGGUUAUCGCGAAACCAGCGAAAACCAAAAGCGACCACCUCCCCCCUCCGCCCACUUACGACGAGGCAACCAGAGAGAAGAGAAAAAGUUGGCACUCCGAUGAUAGUACACCGACUUAACUUUUUUACCGCUGCCGUGUAAAAUUGAGCCUUAUUCCGUGUAGUGUAGAGUCGUUUCACAACGGCAGCGUCAGGCUACGUCAUAGCUGUCGAUAUCGAAUGAAUAUUCCAAUAUCGACUUUAUGAGUUAGGCAGUCAGUUUAUUUUGUAAUGACAGCUAAUUGUAUCUAAAUACUUGAAUGGCGGGA